AUGAAAAAAAAAAUGAUACGUCGUAAUACAAAAUCGAAUAGAACUGUGGAAAUCAUUGAUUUGUCUAAGGAUAAUGAUGAUGCUAAACAAGAAUUUUUUAUACAUAAUCAUCGUCAAUCAUCAACAUUUCAUUAUAAUUACAAUAUUCGAAUUGAUAUAAAGAUACCAUCAAAAACUACACGUAUAACAAAUAUCAAUAAAGAAUCAUCUUUAUCAAAUGAUCAUUAUAUAAAUAAGAAAAAAUUGAAUUUAAUGAUAAAUAAAUAUUUAAUUAUCGAUUGUAUUAAAGGAUUAAAAAUGUUACCAAAUGAUUCAAUACAAUGUAUUAUAACUUCUCCACCAUAUAAUAAACUUGGUUUACGACAAGGUCGUCCAUAUAAUGGACAAAUAAUUUAUGACACAUAUGAUGAUAAUAUGAAUGAAAUUGAAUAUCAAAAAUGGCAAUGUAAAUUUUUAAAUGAAAUAAAUCGUGUUUUAACACCUUCAGGUUCAUUAUUUUAUAAUCAUAAAGAUCGACGAUAUUCUCAUUGUGAUUAUCCUCCUGAACAAUUUAUUCUUCAAAGUAAAUUAAAAUUAUAUCAAACAAUAAUAUGGGAUCGAGGUUCAACACCUAAUCAAAAUAAUUCUUAUUUUCGACCUAAUCAUGAAAAAAUAUUUUGGUUAACUAAAUCUUCAUCCAGUUUAUCAUCAUCACCUAAAUAUUAUCGUGAUCGUUUACCAGAAUAUUUUAAAAAUUCAAUUUGGAAAAUAAAACCUGAUCGAACAAAUAAACAUCCAGCACCAUUUCCAUCAAUUAUUCCUGAAAUCUGUAUUUUAUCAACAACUGAUGAGAACGAUAUCGUAUUAGAUCCAUUUGCUGGAUCUGGUUCAACACUUAUAGCUGCAAAUAAUUUAAAACGAUCUUUUAUUGGAUUUGAUAUUAGUAAAAAAUAUCAAAAUAUGUUUAAACAACGAUUGGCUAAUUCAAAUGAUAAAAUUCAUCUAUGGGAAGAAAUGUUUACCGUAGAAAAAAUUCUAGAUCGUAGAAUUAAAAAUGGUUCUAUUGAAUAUCUUCUCAAAUGGAAAGGUUUUAAUAAUGAUCAAAAUACUUGGGAACAUGAAAAUAAUCUGGAUUGUCCAGAUUUACUUGAACAAUUUAAAACAUCAUUGAAAAAAUACCAAAAAAAGAAAUAUUCAUCUUCAAAUAAAAAAUCUUUGGUUAAAAUGUCGUCACCAAACUCACAUGCAAAUAAAAGAAAGAGCAGCUCUUCUACUUCCUCAACAGAAGAAGAAACAAAUAGAAGAAUGGUAAAACGACAUUGUCAAUAUAUUAUGGUUACUUCAUCGAGCAACAACGAUGAUGAUUAA